CCUGGCCGCGCUGCUUUGGGUCGCGGGUGCACUCGGGCCCCGCUCCCGCCCCCGUCCCGAUGGACGGCGCGCUCCUCCUGGUCCUCGGGCUGCUGGCCCAGAGCCUCUGCCUGUCUUUGGGGGUCCCUGGAUGGAGGAGGCCCAGUGCCCUGUACCCCUGGCGCCAGGGGCCCGCUCCAAGCCGCGUGCGGAGGGCCUGGGUCAUCCCUCCGAUCAGCGUGUCCGAGAACCACAAGCGUCUCCCCUACCCACUAGUGCAGAUCAAGUCGGACAAGCAGCAGUUGGGCAGCGUCAUCUAUAGCAUCCAGGGGCCCGGCGUGGACGAGGAGCCCCAGGGUGUCUUCUCCAUUGACAAGUUCACCGGGAAAGUGUUCCUCAACGCCAUGCUGGACCGCGAGAAGACCGACCGCUUCAGGCUAAGAGCGUUUGCCCUGGACCUGGGAGGAUCCACCCUGGAGGACCCCACGGACCUGGAGAUUGUUGUUGUGGAUCAGAACGACAACCGCCCAGCCUUUCUGCAGGAGGCAUUCAUUGGCCGAGUGCUGGAGGGCGCAGCCCCAGGUGAGGCAGGAGCCCAGCCCUAG